CAUAUAAGAUCCAAAUAAUGUCAAAUCCCGAAGAGACCAAGGUUUGAGUGACGGCGGUGAGGGGCAUCAGCUUUUCAAUCGUCUUUGAAUUCCGGCGGCGAUCGAUCAGGGCAGCAGCGGUGCGACAUCCUCCGUCGAGUCUGAUUUCCGGCAUCCGAUCGUGUUCUCGGAGCAGUGAGUGGGGCGAGUGAGGAGACGCGCCACGUACGUCGGUGGUUUCUGGCAGGGUUUCUCCAGCAGUGACAACGGUCUUGGAUGGAGUUUGGUGCUGGGCAGAAACUCCGGCGAGCUUGGACUAAAGUAGAACCAUUCUUGUGACCGCCGGACGUGUAGCUGUCCCGUCUAGGAAUUCAUAUGCUAACCUCAAUCGCGAUCCUAAUGGAUGCAAGAAGGGUGUGUAGGAGUUCGGGUUUAUAUCCACUUAACAGGCUUAAUCAACAUUCUGGACAAGGAGACUUCAUCGAUCAAGGAGGAUGCCUAAGUACAAAGAUGAGCCUCGUGCAGUUCGCGUCUAUACAGUUUGUGACGAAUCCAAGUAUCUAAUUGUGAGGAACAUUCCAUCUUUGGGAUGUGGGGAUCAGGUCUUGAAAUUAUUUUCGAGUUAUGGGGAAGUGGAAGAAUGUAAACCUAUGGAUGCCGAAGACUGUGAGCCAUAUACUGAUGUUUACUGGAUCAAAUUUCGUCAAAUCAGUAAUGCCAGGUUCGGGAAGAGGAAGUUAGAUGAUUUCGUUUUUCUAGGAAACAGACUACAAAUAUCAUAUGCGCCUGAAUACGAAAGCAUCUCUGAAACAAAAGAGAAGCUAGAAGGGAGGAGAAAGGAAGUUCUAGCACGAUUGAACCCUGGAAGGUCUAAACGCCCUUAUGAUUCUUUGACCGAACCUUUGCCAGCUUCUACGACUUUGCUGAACGAUUCUUCGCCUACAGCAUCUUCCUUGGCUCAAAGGUGUUUUCAGUCGUUUAGUGAGUUGAAAACUACAGUCAGUCGGGGUGCACCUUCCAAGCCAUCUGUUUCCACUGAUAAGGAAUAUUUCCCCUCGGAAUCUAUGAACCGAACAGUUCAUCAUGUGAGGGACAAGCUUGAUAAGAUACGAUCAAGUUCUCUGCCAUCGGAAGGUAGUUCUUCCAAGAGGGUGCAGACGGAUAACAGAAGACGAAUCUAACUGAUUAUGAAUUUGGAACACAAGUAAUGUGUGGCUAAUUUUGUCUCCGACUCAACGGUCUUUUUGUUUCUAAAUCAUUUGUUAGAUGUGCAGGUAGAUAGUAGCUAUACAAUAUCGAACUCCCAAUCUGAAGCAUAUAAAGGAAGCAUUCAAUUGCUUGAACUACACUCCCUUUGCGAUCUUAGAAAAAAAUUUGUUGAUUCAAUCAAGAGCAUUAUUUUUAGAGGAGUA